AUGGCUUUUGUGUUCACCCGUAUUGUUCGUUAUGUUAUUUUCGCAAUUGUACUGUACAGUGUGGUACAAUACAUGUUACGAUGGAAGUCAUAUUCUAUUUCACCAAAGGUUUUCCGACAAGCUUCUGCUGCAAUACGCGGAAGUAAUGGAAUGUCAAGUGUAAAUAAAUUACGAAAUGAUUUACGUCGUUCAUAUCCAUUACAAAUUAUCGAUAGUGACUGGGAAGCCGUUUAUGGUGGUGGUUUGAAUCUACAGGCGAACAUUCUUUAUGCAUCCAUUACCGAAUUUAUCAUUGUUUUCCGUGCACCGUACCGAACAGGCGGUUUCGCUGGUUGGCACUGGGUCAACAGCACAUGUACUGUUUUGAAUGGUGAAGUGGUGCGUACUGCUUAUGGCGCCCAUGGUGGCAAUUUGGAGAAGUUUGAACCAAGUCAGAACUUUCGUCAUGGUGAAUUUGAACGAUAUACAUAUGAAUUUGCACCGGAUUCAUAUAUGGCAUGCUAUGGACGCGGUGCUGUACCUUUGAGUACUGUAUGGAUGGGGAUGGGCUCUCUGGCGAAUGGUGAUCCGAUUUCGUUUGCAAAGCUGCUCUACACCUAUAGCAAUGCUUGUGUUCAUCAAAUUAAACAGUCGUUGGUAAAAACAUUCAAUUAUUAUAAAUCGAAAGCUCUAAAGACCGAAUUGUAA